GGCGAUGAGGGAAGAUCGCGGCGAGAAGCCCAACAUUCACGCUGCCUUUGAAUUAUUCGCCAAAUCGCUCUGUUAAACCGAGACCAGCGCUACACGCAGAGAGCUGGUUUUACAGUCUGUUUGUGAGCACUUCCUGUUAAAAGGCAUAGAACGGGCGUCCGGGCCGUUUAGUUUAGCGCACCGUUGCGAUCCCCUUUCCCCUUGAGCGGCUGGACUCGAGCGUUGCAUGCCGGUACCUGCAGUCCCUGCUCCUCCCUUCUCAGAGGCACGAGCGCCAGGGUGUGGGGUUUCGAGUACUACAACUCCCAUACUGUCGCUCCUUCCAUCUCCCCCUCUCUCCCACCAGACCAGAAGCCUGUGAGCUACAGCACGGCUUGUCUUGACGAAACCCCCUCCCACCACCACGGACUUUCGGAACCGAAAAUCGUCGAGCUUAUUGAAACCAACAGGAUUAAAAUCCUUUCCUAUCGAUGCACCCAUAGGUCCCUUAAUGUGACUCCAGCGGGUUGGUGUUUGUUAGUACUGUUUGACAUCGUUAUCUGGCUCGCUAAUUACCUUUGGGGAAUUAUUCAGUGGACAGACACAUCGGGUUUGGGCUGUGCUCUGCUCUCUUCUGUUCUGUUGGAACACCGCGGAUACCGGAUUGGUCCGAUAUGGGACGAAUGAAAUACCGUAUCGGAGAUAUUUCCGUGCGAUGAUGACACACGGCUUGUCCUUAACAUUUGCAAACAGUGUAAUAGAGAUCGAUAGUUGCUUCGAGGAGACUUUACUGCGCAGGGAUCUGAACGUUGCAGCUUCACCGUAAAGCACAUUGCCAAAUGUAAACUGCAAUAUGGCAGUCUGCAGUCAGCAGCUGUAUUUGCAAGACCCACUGUCAUGCAAGGCUUAAGCGGUUUUGUUUAAAGCUUUGUGGCAUAUACAGAAGAAAUUCUUGUAAACGCACAUCUGUCAUCACACUCAAAGGAAUGCUGUGUUGAAAAAAAAAACUGCCUAUGCAGGUGGAUCCCUCACCAAUGAAUGUAGGGGAUGAAGGAACAGUGAGCAAAGAGAGCAGUGCCCUUACACAGCUGUCAGAGAGCAUGGUGGGGAAUCCACAGCAGACACUACCUCCUGAACUCAGAGGAGAUGUGCCUCAUGGUCAGCAGAAUAAGCUGAAGACAUCUACAGACUGCAAAAUGCCUAGUGUCUGCUCAGAUGCCAACAAGGCUAGCAAUUCAAACCAUUGUCCUGAAGUCCCUCCUUCCCAACUUCGCAGCAAUGCUCCUGUGUUCAGCACUGAUUCUUUUAGCACAACAUUACCUGAUAGGACAGAAGUUACUAAAGCCCAGGUUGAAGGUGCUGCUGCCUACCCUACUCAGCAUUGGUCAUGUGGUAAAAAGGUUGGCUCAGAGGAUUUGAUGAGCAUGGGUCACAAUAGCGUGACCCCAAAUAAGAAAGCUCCUCAUAGCACUGGGCCUACCCAACCUGUUAUCAGCCUUUCCCCAGGAUUUCAAUGUUCAACCCUCUUUAAACCAGGCCAACCUGUUGCUUUCCUUCCAUCUGCAAACUUUGCCUCUUCUCUUUGUAAGAUCACUUUGCCUCCAGGAUUGGGCCAGAUUGCCGCUCUGAGAGAAGCCACAGCUAGUCAGUUUCAGAAGGACUGUCCAGUGCCGUUGUCUGGCUCAAGUAUGACUCCAAGGCUCAAAACAUACCCUUAUCAGUUUUCUGUGGGUCGAGGCGUUGCUGAGAAGAAACCACUGUCAUCAGCAUCUAAAGGCAGAUGUGAACAUGUUUCUAAUGCAAAAUGCUGCAAAGGUGUAGGAGAGCACAUAUCAACUAUUUCCUCUAGUGUUAGUCCAGCUAUUGCUCUUCCAGCGCAACAGGCCACACAAGCCUCAGCCCCACUGACUCAUUAUACUAUCUCUCCCACUGCUGCCAUCUGCUGUAGUUCAGCACUGGCCAACAUUACCACUCAGAGCAGGCUUCUAAGCCUUGUAGAGAAAUGUCCCCCAUACAGAGGAAUCGAAAAGACUUCUGUGGCAUAUUUGAAGCCGAAAACUGUAUCAUCUACUGAGGAAAAUAAUGCUCUGUGUCCUCCAGAGGCCAGAGAUGUACCUCUUGAUUUAUCUUCAAAAUCCAAGCGCCAAAAAAGCAUUAAGGAUGCUCAAAAUAGCCCGACUGCCACAACUGAGCAAUGCUCAUUUGAACCACAUCAAAAGAAUUCCCAUGUCUCCAAAAGGCUCCAGACUUCCAAUUUUGGUUCUGCCUCUACUUAUGCUGUUCUACCAAACACCCAACGAAAUGGCUCGGCCCAGCGAGCCACCUCGAAACUUAGCAAUCACAAUUUGGAAACCAAUGCAUCAUGGGGCAAAGGCACAUCUCAAGGUCCCUUAAACAACCUCCCAGGAACAUAUGUAGGUGUAGCAAGCCCUAUACUAGCCUCUACCUUGCGUAGCAAAGAUGGGAAAAGUUCUGCUUUUGUUGAAGACGUUCAGAUAUUUGCUAAGCAAGAGACCAUUUCAAUUAUUGAUCAAGGUGAACAGUUGGCCUCCAGAGGCAAGAAGACACCUUUCACAGUUAAAGGUGAAAGGCAAAAUAAAAGUGGCAAGCAAUCUGGUAGUACUUCUGCUAGUACUACCUCCCAUGGAAUGCAGGAGCUUUCAUCUAAGCCACUGUUUACUUCUACAAACUCACAAUCCCCUAGGACUUCAGGUGGAAAAACAGGGAUUCCAUAUACUCCCCCAGGUAAACAACUGUGGAACCAAUCACUUUUUCAGGGGAUGUCUUUGCAGAAGCAACCAGUUCAGAGCCAAGCCCCAUCUAAAGGUAAAGGCAACCUGAGUUGUGAUGGCCCCUUGUUUCAAAAAUGUGAACUAAGCACCACUAAUGUAAAGGAAGAAAAAUGGGAGAAAACCCAUUCCCCCCUAUCCAACCUGGAGUCAAUAGUAAAGCAGAAAACUCUUGAGACCACUGCACUGACUGGUGAAACCUACUGUAAUCUGUCAACUGUGGGAUCCUGGAAGCCUGAGGCAGUCAACUUGCUCAGCAGGUCUCAGACUGUGGCCACUGGCUUUACACCUUCUGGAACUUCAGAGCUACAGGACUCUAAGACAGGUAACAAUUCCCUGUUUACAGAUGCAACAUCGGACAAUAGGCAUGAAGCCACAACUGGUUUUGUGCCCAAAGACAAGUGCCAUGAUAAACAAGUAAAGCAAUUUGAAAAGCCAGGCCAAAAGUCAGAGCUCAGCACUCCCAAGAAAAGAUGUGCAUCCAGUAUUAAAAGUGGGAAGAAGGACAGCAUGGUUGCUCCAGAUCCUGAGGACAAAACAAGAGAAGACCCUGCAGUACAAAAAGAACUCUCUCCUAAUUCAAAGCUGGAGAGCAUAUCCUUUGCUCAGGACCAAGCUGCAACAGAGGUAGAAGGAGAGAAAAAAAUUAAUGGUGGUAAAAAAGAUGGUAUUUCCAAAGGAAAAGCACCUGUCACCAAACAGAGGAAACCAAGGAAGAAGGAGAAGACCUCUCCUGAAACAUUAAAAAAGACUGUAAAACUGAAGAAAAAAUCUCGGAUGAAGCAAAGUGCGACAGUGGUUCAAGCCUCCACCUCUAAAAAAAAGAAGGGUAUAUCUACUGUAGAGAAGAGCCCACUGAAGGAGAGCCCAGUGAAGGACAGCCCAUGUCCAAUCCCUGAAGGUGGGGCUAAGAUUCACAAAGGAAAGAGUGCUCCAGUUAAAACACAGCAACCUGCCUGCAGCAAACCUGAGUUUGAAAAUAGCCCAGUGAGAAGUGUGCAGGUGGACCCUGCCUCCCUCACCAAGACUGAUCAUGACAGUAAGGAAUCUAACUUACAGCAAAUGUCCUCUCCAAGGCCAAAACGAGGGCGCCGGCACAUUGAUGAUGCUUUGCUGCGAAACUGGAGCUUUGCUUCUUCUCCUCCUCCGUCAGAGUCCCCUUCUUCUCCACUUUUGUCCAGUCCUGUUUUCCCUCUCAGACGACCUCGGGGCAGGCCUCGUCUCAAUCCCCUGCCUGAAGGUGGAGACACAGACAAUAUUAAACCUGCUCAGGUGGCAGAGGGAGGAGAUCUGGCCUCUGCAAAAAAGAGAAAGCGAUGCAGGAACCGCAAGUACCAGAAUGGGGAGUACAUUACAGAUAAGGAAAAGGAAGCGAACAGGGAGAAUGAUGAGAGGCUUGUGGAUGGAGAAAAUGAAGAAACUGAUGUGGACCCUCCUCUUAGUGCCACUUUGCCAUGUGAAGAUCCUAAUCCUGACCUCAGCCCCAGGAAAUCCCUGAACACCCGCUCAGGGACAAUGCGACUUCACGAGAGUCCAUCCAUCCCAGAAUUUAACGAUAAACCUCCAGGAAAGAGAAAGUUCAAAAGCAAGCACUUGUGUGAUACUGAAGAACAGAAAAAGCUCAAGAUCAAACGAGGCCUUGCAGGGAAGCGUUCCUCAUCCCUCUCCACAGAUGAAGACAGCCCUAUGGCCAAAAAAUCUUCCACUCCUUUCUCUGCCCCAAAGGAAUUGUCGUCAUCAUCAUCAUCUCCUGUUCCUAAGAAGAAAGGGCCUGGAAAGGGCAGGAUCCCAGAAUUCACACCAAGCCGUCCUGUACCUCCAGAGGUUCGCCGACUGAUUGUGAAUAAAAAUGCAGGGGAGACUUUGUUACAAAGAGCUGCUAGGCUGGGAUACCAGGAAGUGGUGUUAUAUUGCUUGGAGAAGGAUGUGAGAGAGGUGAACCGCCGGGACAACGCUGGCUACACAGCACUGCAUGAGGCAUGUGCUCGUGGUUGGACGCAUAUUGUGCAGGUUCUGCUGAAGCAUGGUGCUGAUGUCAACUGUAGUGCACAAGAUGGGACACGCCCCAUUCAUGAUGCAGUUGCAGCUGAUAGCCUGGCAGUAGUGUGGAUGCUGUUAAACCAUGGUGCCGAUCCGACACUGGCCACCUACUCUGGCCAAACAGCUGUUAAAUUGGCCCAAAGUCCCAGCAUGAAAACCUUCCUCAAAGAGUACUUCACGGACCUAGAAGGACGCCCUGAUCAGGAUCCAAGUCUUCAGUGGGAUUUUUACAGCAGCUCUGUGUUUGAGACAGAUCAGGAGGCUUGCUGGGACUUCCUGCUGUGUCAACCUGAAGAGGAAGACAAGGAAGAAUGGAGAGAGCAGGGAAAGGAAAAGGACACAGACUGCCUUUUGUUUGAGUUCUCCUCUGAACCUUUAUUACCCUGCUACCACAUUCAAGUAUCGCUAACACAGGGUUUUUGCAACUGGUUUCUGCUGAUGGAUGUGUUGAAACGCCUGAAGGUCUCAGCUCGCAUCUUCCGGGCAAGGUACCCUCAGUUUGAGGUGGUGAGCCUCACAAGGGCCGAGCUUUGGAGACAGGUGAGCAUUAGUCAGACGUGUAUUGCCCCAGAUGAGUUCCGACCCAUUGAUGAUGAGGAGGAUGAAGAGACAGUCGAGCUGGUGCGCUGCAUACCAGAAUUGCAGGGUCUCUUAGGCUCAUCUAUCCAGCUGCUACAAGAUGAUGAUGAUGAGAGGUCAGAGGUUAGAGGUAGCCUCUGCAACCGAUAGCAAUGUUCUGAGAUGAGUAAGUAGCUGUCUACAGGCAUUUGCACCUCUUUAUUUACUGGUAGAUGCACUGCUACUAAAACCAGCACUUUGUAUGUACACUAUCUGCCAAAAAUGGCUCCUCGAAAACAGAUGAGAUCCUCGCAGAACACACCCUUCUCCCAGAAAACCUUCCUUUACAGCAGCAGAAGGGGCUUUGUUAGAUUGACUUGCCUUGAAAUCACUCACAGGAGAAGGGAGGACUCUAGCAAAGCGGACAAAAGUAAAUUUCUCUUCCCAGUCUGUAGGUAUUUUUCACUGUCCAGUAACUUCUCUUCAAUCUUUUUAUAUGUAUAAACCUAUAAGUAUAUGUAAAUAUAUAUGUAUAUAUUGACAUCAGGGUGAGCCUAGUUUGGUUGUAAUUUAUCAUUUAUAUGUUUUAAUGUUUCUUUAUUCCUGAGGUUAUGUGAAUAGUUUUGAAAGCAUGCCCAAGGCAUUUUUCUUUUUGUUUUAUCUUAGUGAUCUAAGAGUUUUUGGCCAGCUCAUUGUGGCAGGAAGGACUCUGGGACAGAUGGUUCCUCUGUAAACCUGUGAGAGUCUCUCUCUCUGUUUCGCACUCUCUCUGUGAGGACCGCUAACCCAGAACAUAUGUCGAUCAGGCCUGCCCUCCUUUACCUCACCAUACCUCGGCUCACAUUGCCACCACAGCUCUGCUUCCAACACCCCAACUAGCUGCAUUAAUCUUGGAUGGUUUCUUUGCAGUAGAGCAGGCAAAGGAUUGUUCUUUCAUAUUUAUAAAACCCAGUUAAUUCUGAUUUUCAAGAAAAGGUAUCGACUUAUCCAUGAAUGAGGAGUUUCAUUUUAUGUUUACAAAACCUAAAGAGAUUGUUGGAUAUCAAGGUAUGAAAGCCUUGAUAAAAGCAAGCAAGAUGAAAAAGCAAACCUGUGGAAUGCUUUUUUUUCUUUUCUUUUUGUUUCGCUUGGGUGGAGAUUUUUCAAAGGACUUUGUUCUGGAUGUUGUCCAGCACCUUGCUCAGUUCAAGGUCAUGAGAGAAGACCUCUCUUACUUAGCUUGCUUUCCCCAGUGUACCCAGUUCCAGCGAGCGUUGUGGUGCAUGGUGUGUUUUAUUUACACAGUUUGACUGUGUUUAAUUUAAUAGUCAUUAAUAUAUUUAACUUUUUGUGUAUCACACAAAUGAUAUAUGAAAGUUGCUUUGUAUGGUUGGUGCUUUAUUUGAAAUGUACAAUUAAUCCCUUUACCUUACGGAUGUUGUGUUCUCCUUCACUCCAAACAGUGUUUUAAUGAGCAAAAGUACAGUUUUAUUGUACUGGUGCUAAGAUAGAUUUUGUGUUGACAAUCAUUGACCUUUUUUUGAACUGAAACCAAUAAAUACUAUUUAAUUGAAGAGUGAGAAAUGUAAAGAGAGAGUUUAGUUUCAUUACCAAUGGAGGCCCACCAAGCCAUGAAGAGAGUACUUGAUUUUGAAGGUUUACUGUCUGUAUGAUGCGCAAAGGGAAUGUUUUUCUGAUUCCUUUUUAAAAGAAAUUGACUAGAAUAAAGCAUGAUUGUUAA